AGAGGCUGGAUUUGGACAGUGUAGAUAACAUGAACAGGGAAAGGCGCAUUGGCGUUUCUUUCCUUACACAGUGUCAAAGUUGUUCUCUUAAUAAAAGCCUCUCCCUGCUUGUAACUCGCAGAUGGUUGUUCGCAGAAGCAUGCUUUGCAAAAACUACCCGAGUAAAGCGUUUGUCAGCAGACUCGUUCUUCUCUGUUUCCACUUGAAUAAACGACUCGUAACGAUGUCGAUGCCAAAGCUGUCGGGAGAAAGCUCAGAGCCACCGGCGAACAGCGGCGCGUCACAGAUCGACGAAGGCACGACAGCAGCAGACGUCAGCGACGCGGGGGGCGAAAACGACCCCUCCUCCGCGGGAAAGUUCACAGAGGGCGAAAUGGCCAUCCACAGAAUCCAUAGACAAGCGUGUGCGGCAAAGAAGCAGAUGUACGUUGACCCUUCCAGCGGGUAUAAGGUGUUCACAGAGUAUGCCCACCUUCAGAGAGGGAAGUGCUGCGGCAGCGCGUGCAGACACUGUCCAUAUGGCCAAGUCAACGUGAAGGACCCCGCCACGAAGAAGCGGUUCAAUUCCCUGUUUUACGUAUAGACCUAACAGACUCGUGCCAAGGUAACGCGUUAGAAGCCUGUUUGGAAUGGAACCCACCACACGUUGCUUGUCUUCUGCCUGUCGUUAUUUGGACUACUUGAGUCAUUUUUUUCUUUUAGCCGUGUAAUAAAUGAUGAAAUAUGGGUAGUGUCUGUGCAAUACCUAUCUCUUAUGAAUCACAACUAUUCUUAGGAUUAUUUUCAUUCUGGCAAAAUGGGAAAGGAGGAGAACGGAUUUGUUCACUAGACCCUCAUGCAAAACAGUCUUUUAUCACAUUUUUGUUUUGUUCUGUUUUGCAGAUACUUGUUUUUUCCUCUCAGUGUCCAGUGAAAUGCCUUUGAGCCUCAUUUUUUCUUUUCUCUUCAAGAGUAUUUAAUAUUUUGUAGUAU